AUGUUAGCAUUUAAUAUGAUGACUUAUGAACCUAAAAAAAGAGCUUCUUGCUAAACAGUGCUAAAUUUAUUGUAGAAUUUAGGUGGUUCCAAAAAUCAUGAAAUAAUAAAUAAAAUAGAAUAAAUGGGUACUGAAUAUAACGAAGAAACUUUAUCACUAUUAAAAAACAAUAACAAAUUACAAAGUUUACCAACCUAAAGUGAAUUACAACUGCCUAAGAGAAAAAAAACUUUCUUUGAAAAUAUUAUUCUAUUAUUUUAGGUUAUAUAUUCAAUUGUUCCAAUUGGUUUGACUGGAAUUUCAAUUUACUAUAUUACUUAAAGCUGCUUUGUUUAUUUAUUAGUAGCUUAAAUUGUGCUGGGUGUCUUUAGCUUUUACUUUUCUAUUUUAUCAUUUUAGAAGGAAUAUGAAAAAUUAAAAAAACUUCAUUUUUCUUUUUAAUUUUUACUAAAUUAAAUAUAUUCAGUCCUUUUAUUGAUAACUUAUGUAAAGUUAUUAUUACCCUUUCCAUGCGACGAUUUGCAUAUUUGCACAAGCGAUUUCGAUGUUGGACUCUGGUCUCAAUAAUUAAAUGAUACUAGUAGUAGUAGCGAAUUAUUAAGCUUUUGUUAUUAGAAAGAGCCCUAAAGAAGAGAAAAUAUAUAAAAGUAUUUUCAAUCUAAAUACAACUAGAGUAUGUCUAUAACGUAUUAUGAAGACUCUUAAGGUUUUCUUCCUUAUUUUUAUUUAUCUGGUAUUUGUGUUUUUUCCCUCUAUUAUUAUUUAAUAGUGUUAAGAUGGGCUUGUUGUUGCUGUAAGAAAUGA